GAUAUGAAAUAAAUAAAUUCGGUCUGCAUACGGACAAGACGAAAAUAGAUGCAAUUGUGGGAGCGCCCCGUCCUACUAAUACAACGCAACUUAAAAGUUUUAUGGGUCUAGUGAACUUUUAUUCUAAAUUUUGUAUAAAUAUGAGCGAUAUACUUAAGCCACUGUAUGAUUUAUUAAAAAAGAAUGUUACAUGGGAAUGGACGGAUAUGUGUGAUAGGGCAUUUGCAAAAAUAAAAAAGGUGCUGAGUAGUUCUCCUGUGCUCGCGCAUUACGAUCCUAAGCGUGCGUUGAUUCUUUCAGUGGAUAGCAGCGCGUACGGGGUGGGCGCGGUGUUGACGCAGCGCGACGCGGCCGGCGCGGAGCGGCUGCUGUGCGCGGCGAGUCGUACAUUAAAUUCAGCAGAGACUAAUUAUUCACAAUUAGAUAAAGAAGCUUUGGCGAUCGUUUUUGGGGUCACGAAGCAUCACCAAUAUUUGUACGGGAGGAAAUUCACUCUGCGGAGCGAUCACCGUCCCUUAAGCUAUAUUUUUGGAAAGAAUAAAGGAAUUCCGAUUACAGCGGCUAGUCGUUUGCAACGUUACGCCGUUAAGCUAGCAGCUUAUGAUUUCGAUAUAGAAUUUGUGUCAUCAAAAAAUAAUUGUUUUGCUGAUACUCUUUCGCGUCUUCCUCUUAAAUUUAUAGAUUGCAAUUUAAGAAGUGAAGAAUGCAGUUAUCUUAAUUUUGCACAAGAUAAUUUUCCGAUUAAUUUUAAAGAUAUUAAAAUUGAGACGGCUAAAGAUUCUUUGCUAAGCAAGAUUUAUGGGUUUAUACUAUACGGUUGGCCACCUAAAAGCGAAUUAAAUAAAAUAGAAUUAUGUUAUUCUAAUCGUAAAGAAAAUCUGCAUAUAGACCAAGGCUGCAUCGUUUGGGGUUAUAGAAUUAUCGUUCCUAGGUCUUUAAGGGAAAUCGUUUUAAAGGAAAUUCAUGAUGGACAUCCGGGUAUAAUUAAAAUGAAACAGAUUGCUCGUAAUUAUGUGUGGUGGGAUAACAUAGAUAGUGAUAUAGAAUGCAUGGCCCGUGAGUGUGCCGCUUGCCGCGAGACGCGGGCGGCGCCGCGUGCUGCGCCCGUGCACUCGUGGCCCUGGCCGAGCGAGCCAUGGUCGCGAAUACAUAUCGAUUUUUUGGGUCCCUUUAAUCAUGAUUACUACUUAAUUUUGAUUGACGCUCAUUCAAAGUGGAUAGAAGUAGAAAAAGUUAGCACGACGUCCGCGCGUUUAGUGAUUAAUUGUUUAAGACAAUGGUUUGCACGUUUCGGGUUACCUAAAAGAUUAAUAAGUGAUAACGGGCCUCCAUUUUCGUCAUCGGAAUUCGCAAACUAUUUACAACGAAAUGGAAUUAAACAUACGUUAAUCGCACCUUAUCAUCCCUCUAGUAACGGAGCCGCUGAAAAUGCGGUGCGUUCUAUAAAAUCAGUACUUAAAAAAGCACAGGUAGAUAGAACUGAUACUAGCGUUGCGCUUGCUCGGUUUUUAUUUUCGUACAGAAAUACGGAACAAUGCACGACAGGAGUCGAACCUGCAGUGUCUUUGUUAGGGAGACGUUUACGUGGGCGUCUUGAUUUGAUGCGACCCGAUACGGCUGAACGAGUGCGCGCCGCUCAGAUAGUGGAAGAGCAACGUCGACCAACGCCUUUGCGAAUUGCUAAGGAAGGUGAUCGAAUAUUCAUGCGAGAUUAUUCAAAAAAUAAUAGUAAGUGGGUCGACGGGAUUAUCACUGAUAGCCUUAGUCUCGUAUCAUAUAAAGUGCAAACGAGCGAUGGGCGGAAGCAUAAGCGGCAUAUCGAUCAAUUACUUACUAGAAAAUCGCGUUUUUCGUUAAGUCAGGCCGUGUCGGAGGGUGAGAGUAAUGAGAGGAAAGAGGGAGGAGGCAAUAGUGUUGAGGAUGAUGAGUGUAGUUUGAGCUCGCAAGGGCAGCAAGGUGUGGAUGAUGUGGAGGGUGACGGGGAGCAGCGGGACCUGGCCGCUUCACCAAAGUCCCCGGUACAUGAGCGUAUCUACAGGAAAGCUGCGUUGCGCUGCAUACGCAAACUUAAACGCAUGUAAACUAUAUGUAAUAUUAUAUUGUCAUUUACGUGUAAUUGUGCUAUUUUUGGUGUGGGGUAAAUAUUAUUUUAUGUAGGUAGUUUUGUAUGUUCCUUUUUAUACGUCAUUACUAUAUAUACAAUAUGUACAUGACAAAUAGUAAACUUUAAGUUAUAACAGUGUAAAAUGUUGUUUUGUUAACAUUAAGUUAUUUUUAGUGGGAAUCAGACUUAUUGAAUACUAGUUGAAUAUAUUAUAGUUGUUUAAUUAAGAAGGGAAAAGUGUUAUGUAUGAAAUGUAAUAAAAUGUAUGUGUAGGUAGACUGAAAUAAAUUAUAAAAGCAGUUUUGCAUUGA